AUGUUCUCUCUCUGUAUACACAAGUAUCUAAGUGGUUCCUUUACCGGCUCUCUUACUUCAAUGGCAACAUCUCUAUUCACUGCACCAAUAAAUUCCUUCACAACAACACACAAACCCGGAUCUUGUAUAUUCAACUUUGGUAAUCAGAAGCUUAUUGGUGCAGUCAAGUAUUUAUCUGUGAAAGCUAAGGCCACCAAUACCGACCAAAGCACCAAACCAAAUAGUGUUAUAUGUGCCGAUUGUGAUGGAAAUGGUGCAGUUCUUUGUUCACAAUGCAAAGGUAGUGGAGUGAACUCUGUUGAUUUCUUCAAUGGACAAUUUAAAGCCGGGGAAUCAUGUUGGCUUUGUGGAGGAAAGAAAGAUAUGUUGUGUGGAAAUUGCAACGGAGCUGGCUUCAUAGGUGGUUUCAUGACCUCUUUUGAUACUUAG